AAUCCACGAGAGCUCAUUUGGCUCCUUGCCAUUUUGCUUUUUCGUUUUCAAAAUUUCUUCCUCUUCUCGAGACGAGAGAGAGUGAGCGUUGCGUUGCCCAAGGGGAAGGGAAAGGCGUCUUCCUCGACACGAUUCCCCUCUCCCACCCAAAACCCUACUGCGCCGCCGCCUCCGAGGAGGAGGAGGAGGAGAUGCCGCCGGAGACGACCGAGGCGGCCGCCCUGAGGGGGGCCAUCCUCGCCGCGUCCACGGCGGGGGCGGCGGGGAGGGCGGUCUCGUCGGUGGCGGACUACCUCCGCCGCCACGCGGGCGACCACCCGCGGGCCUUCUUCGCCGACGCGCUGCCCUCGCUGCUCUUCCGGGUGUUCGUCGCGUCCCCGGACUCGCCGUCCUUCAUCGAUCUCGCCGCCGGGGACCCCGCGCUCGCCGAGCUCCUCGCGUCGCUGCUCGCCCCGUCAGGGCCGCUCCUCGCCGCCGUCUCCGCCGCGGAUCGCCACGCGCUCCUCCGAUUCGUGUUCCCACCCGAGCGGCUACCCGAUUGGCUCCGCCUCGCGCUGUCGUCCGCCACCGCCGCCUCCUCCUCCUCCUCCUCCUCCUCUGAUGAGGUGAUCUCCCCUCUCCUCGCUGGCCGCGUCGACUCCGAGCUUCACCUGUCGGUAUUCGAAUACUACCUCUUCUGGUUCGCGUACUACCCCAUCUCAGCUGCCACGGCCAAGGCCACAGGAAUGGCUGCGGCUCGGGCCCCAAAAAUUCCGCCCUCCAUUUCAGAACAAUCACUUAAGUCGCUCGGCCGCAUUGAGAGCUGGAUGUCCACCCUAGGUUCAUCAGCCGGACGCAAUCUGGGUCAGAAGCUAGAGAGCUCGCUAUAUCUGAAGCUUCUGUACUCCUACCUUAAGGAGUUCGUGCCCAGCGGAUGUGUACCGCCGCGUAAUAUGGGUGGAACUCUGCUGCAUCGAACUGUCAAUGAUGGUAUUGAUGCUGCUGAAUCCUUCAGGCGAGCUGAGUUCUUCGUGCACACACUCAUCCAGUUCUGGCUUGUUGGAGAUGACUUCUCGCCACUGGCUGUGCAGACUUGCCGUGCAUAUGGGCUCCCUUUACUGUCUCUUCAGUCUCAUGCAAAUGCCACAUUGGUUGAGCAGCCGCCAGCACCAGGACUCGGCGAUGCGGUGAAGCUUUUUGUGAUGUAUAUGAACAGGAUCAAUGCUUCUGUGGAUAUAGAUGCGCCAAAUGUCUUCGAGGGAAUAUCUUCAUGGAGGGAGGCAUGCAACAGCCCUGUUGGAUACUGGAAUCCAUUGAUACAGAGGCCUCUGUAUCGAUUUUUGCUCAGGACAUUCUUGUUCUGCCCCAUGGGUGUAGAAAUAAAGAAUGUUGCACAGGUUUUCUCUGCAUGGAUAGUCUAUAUGGAGCCAUGGAAGGCUCAGAAGGAUGAUUUGGAUGCGUAUGAUCUGCCUCCUCCAGGUUGCCACAAUGUGCACCGAGUUACUGAGGGAAAGAGGCAGGUGUCUGAAGCAGUGUACUCUCCAGAAUGGGAGAACUUUGUGCUGUCCAACUACUUGUUCUACAGUUCUUUGGUCGUUCAUUUCCUGGGGUUUGCACAUAAAUUUAUCCACUCUGAUGUUUCCUCAGUGUUGCAGAUGGUAUCAAAGGUUUUGGAGGUUUUGGCAUCUUCUACAGAAUUAUUGGGGCUCAUCUACAGUGUUGAUGCUACAUAUCAUCAUAGAUUUUUUGGUUCAGCAUCUUGUUAUUUGGAUCAUGUGCUUAAGUAUGUGCCAUCAAUCCGAGAACAGCUACAGGACUGGGAAUAUGGUUUAUCAGAAAGUGAUGCUGAUGGGUCUUUCUUGCAUGAGCGUAGGAACUUUAAUCUGAGGCUUUUCAGCUUUGAUGAGGAAGGGGCUUACAACUUGCUUCAGUUGCUGUUGCUACGGGCAGAGUCAGAGAUUCAACGUUUGCCAGGUGAUGCUAUGCAAAGUCUUCAGACUCUGGAUUUAAUUAAAUCCCAGAUGAAGAAAAUUUUCCGUGAACACAUUGAAAGUUCCCAGCCUAUGAACUUGGUAGAGAGAGAAUGCAGUCAGCACCAUGGGCGUGGUGAGGUAUUCGCACCUAAGCAUCCAAGGCCAUGGAAACACUCACUAGCUAAUGUGAACUGGAUGACAAGGCCCAUCUCAGACUCUGAAGUGGCCUGGCUAGCAAGUUUGCUGAUCCGUUUUUCUGCUUGGCUGAAUGAGAUCCUUCGACUCGACCGUGACGAUUCAGAUGCUAUCCCCACAGGCCCAACCAACAUCAAGUUUGAUGGAAAUGAACUUAAUGGGGUUGGGGGCCCAAAGGAUGCUGCCAGAAUGGUGUUUAUUGGUGCUUGUUCAUUGCUUGUGCUGGUGGGGCAGUCAAUCCUGCACUUCAUGAGGACACACAGUAUUAGGAUCAAUCUGAGAAUUCUUGCAUCUAAAAAGCUUCUCACUGCUGUUAUGUUGUAUGCCUUGUUCACUGUGGCAAGAAAUGCGCUGUCGUAAACUGUUGUGCUUUGCAUGUCCUCAUCUCGUUCCUGGUGGUGGUGCUGCUGCUUGGCCAGUAAUUGUCCAACCUCCAAGUUUUGCCCUCAGUAGACUGAUACAUAUGCUGUACAGGAACUCUUAGGAGAAAUGAACUUACACUGAGUGAAACUUCAGCAACCCUUUCAAACUUGUUUUGUGCAUGUUGACGGUUCAGUGAAAAGCAUGCCUGGUUCUCCAUGUGCUCUUGGAGCACUAUUUCGUAGUCAUAGACAGGACUUGGGUACAAGAAAAAAAUGUUCUGGGGGACCUCAAUUGCUUAAUGUAACUAACCACCCCUUUGCUACAGGCUCUGCAAUGCCAUGUUUCUUAGAGUUGUUUUUGAUGGCUGAUCUUCAAUAUCAGUCAUUCUACUACCAGAGAAGUUGAUGCAGAAGCAAAUUAUCUGGUUUCUUUUUUGCAUCUGCAUGACUAUUUACAGUGUGUGGCUGUGUGCUGUGUUUUGCCCCUGCCAAAGACAAUCUUAGGGAUGGUGUCUUCAUAUCCUACAUGGCUGGAAUCAAUCUUAGGUAUGGUUCUUUAGCUUCUACUGCUAUACCUUUUCUUUUACCAAAUCAUCAUCUUGAGAUCA